CCAGUCGCCGCAGUGACUGCCGGGAUGCGCCGCAGCGAAUGGUCGCGCGGGGCGCCGCUCUGAGUGACCUUUCACCCGCGCCCAGCGGCCUCGGGCGGCGGCACAAGGCGGAAGCCAUGGCGGAGGCGGCGGGCGAGGCGGGCGCGAGCGAGCGGGACCCAGACGCGGGCCGCGCGCGCCGGCGGCUGCGGGUUCUGUCGGGCCAUCUGCUGGGCCGGCCCCAGGAGGCUCCGAGUACCAAUGAGUGCAAAGCGCGGAGAGCCGCGUCGGCGGCCGGGGCGUCGCCCGCCGCCACUCCCGCCGCGCCGGAGUCGGGCACCAUCCCCAAGAAGCGGCAAGAAGUUAUGAAAUGGAACGGAUGGGGCUAUAAUGAUUCCAAGUUCUUCUUCAAUAAGAAGGGCCAGGUUGAGCUGACGGGGAAAAGGUAUCCUCUUAGUGGCAUGACUUUACCAACCUUAAGAGACUGGAUCCAAAACACCCUUGGAGCAAGUCUGGAGCAUAGAACUACCUCUAAAGCAUCCUUAAACCCUAGUGAAGCACCUCCUUCUAUUGUGAAUGAAGAUUUCCUUCAGGAACUUAAAGAAGCUCAUAUUUCCUACUCACAGGAAGCAGAUGAUCGAGUGUUCAGAGCUCAUGGUCAUUGUCUUCAUGAGAUAUUUUUGCUCAGGGAAGGGAUGUUCGAGCGAAUUCCUGAUAUAGUUGUAUGGCCAACAUGUCAUGAUGAUGUAGUUAAGAUUGUGAAUCUAGCGUGCAGAUAUAACCUCUGUAUCAUACCAAUUGGUGGAGGAACAAGUGUGUCGUAUGGCUUGACGUGUCCUGCCGAUGAGACAAGAACAAUAAUUUCUUUGGACACUUCACAAAUGAACCGGAUUCUCUGGGUUGAUGAGAACAACCUGACAGCUCAUGUAGAGGCUGGGAUAACAGGACAAGAUUUGGAAAGACAGCUUAAAGAAAGCGGUUAUUGUACAGGCCAUGAGCCAGACUCCCUGGAAUUCAGCACCGUGGGAGGGUGGAUAUCCACGCGAGCAUCAGGCAUGAAGAAAAAUAUCUACGGCAACAUUGAGGACCUGGUGGUUCAUAUGAAAAUGGUAACACCUAGAGGUGUAAUAGAGAAAAGCUCCCAAGGACCUCGUAUGUCAACGGGCCCUGAUAUCCAUCACUUCAUCAUGGGAUCUGAAGGAACUCUUGGUGUAAUAACAGAAGCUACAAUAAAAAUCAGACCAAUCCCUGAAUACCAAAAGUAUGGCUCAGUAGCUUUCCCUAAUUUUGAACAAGGAGUAGCCUGUCUAAGAGAAAUUGCAAAGCAGAGAUGUGCUCCUGCAUCCAUCCGCCUCAUGGACAACCAGCAGUUUCAGUUUGGUCAUGCUCUUAAACCUCAGGUCUCCUCUAUUUUUACAUCAUUUUUGGAUGGAUUAAAAAAGUUUUAUAUUACAAAGUUUAAAGGAUUUGAUCCAAAUCAACUAAGUGUAGCUACGUUACUGUUUGAGGGGGACCGUGAGAAGGUUCUUCAGCAUGAAAAACAAGUAUAUGACAUUGCUGCAAAAUUUGGAGGUCUGGCAGCUGGAGAAGAUAAUGGACAGAGGGGUUAUUUGCUGACUUACGUCAUUGCAUACAUACGUGAUUUGGGUUUGGAAUACUAUAUAGUAGGAGAAUCUUUUGAGACUUCUGCACCUUGGGACAGGGUUAUAGAUCUGUGUAGAAAUGUAAAAGAGAGGAUAAAAAGAGAAUGCAAAGAAAGGGGAGUUCAGUUUGCCCCUCUUUCUACAUGCAGGGUGACGCAGACUUACGACGCAGGUGCAUGUAUCUACUUCUAUUUUGCCUUUAACUACAGGGGAAUUAGUGACCCACUGUCUGUGUUUGAACAAACUGAGGCAGCUGCUAGAGAUGAAAUCCUUGCCAAUGGAGGGAGCCUGUCACAUCACCAUGGAGUGGGCAAGUUACGAAAGCAGUGGCUAAAGGAGAGCAUCUCUGAUGUCGGCUUUGGGAUGCUCAAGUCUGUCAAGGAAUAUGUGGACCCCGGCAACAUCUUUGGAAACAGAAACCUUUUAUAACUCCAUUAAUAUCAUUAUGAAAAAUGUUACCUUUUAAAAGUCAUCGGCUAUGGUUCUACCAGUAAUCAAAUAUAUCAUGGACUGUAUUUCAGCUGCAUCUGUUUGUUGGUUUAAAAUGAGUUGGUUUUCGUUCUGUGCUUUGUUUCUACAUCUAUAGAUUGACAGAUGGCGUUCCUGGGUCUCUCAUUGUAGGUGUACCAGUUUAUAGCCAACUAACUGGUUGUCAUUUCAGAUUUUAGUCAGGCACCACACGGCUGCCUGUUAUCUGAGGAGGGUGCUGCCAGCUGUUUUACAUGCUCCUCCUCGAGGUGAGCUGAGGCAGAUGGUGUCGUCAUGCGUUGCUUGUCUAGCCUCUCUUACACUGUGUCCUGUCCUAAAUAUUUCUCUAGAGCAGAUACUCUGGCAAAGAUUCUGCUGGUGAGAGAUAUUUGUGUAUGUUGUUAAAGCAUACUUCCCUGUGAGUAGGCUGCUGAGGAGGACGCUCAGACAGCCGGCAGUCUGUUACUAGCAUGCCUUCAUCUGUAUAAGGUGCUCAGCCUAAGCUUUGCUUGAAGUGAAUACACAGUUACAAACCUAAAUUGCCAACAUACAAAUGACUCUGUGAGCAGACACAGUUUUGUCCUGGUGUCUGUUUCUAGUAGGGUGUGAGUUGUACUUGUCACUG